ACCGUAUGGCCCUGACAUGCCCUUACUGAGCCCAACUCCGAUCCCCCCAUCCUAGUUCAUUAUUCUGACAUAAACACUCUCAUGCAGAAGAACUGUACAGCUCAAUGUCGUCUCAAAAACCGACAGAGGAAGAAAAACAGAAAUUUAUGGGUCGAGCAAUCGAACUCAGCGAUGAAGGACCAUCAAAGGGGCAUGGUGGUCCAUUUGCAGCAGUUAUUGUGAAAGAUGGAAAAAUUAUUGGGGAAGGAUACAACAGGGAGGUAGUUGACUAUGAUCCAACAGCUCAUGGAGAAAUGACAGCCAUUCGACAAGCUUGUAAGAAUAUUAGAUCAACUGAUCUCAGUGGCUGUGAAAUAUACACAAGCUGUGAACCCUGUGCGAUGUGCUCUUCAGCCAUUUGGCUUUGCAGGUUUGACCGUGUGUAUUAUGGAAAUCGUCUGGAAGACACGAAGAGUGACAUGGACCUAGAACCACUUUUUCAAUUUGUUGCCGCACCUAUUGAUCAGCGGUCUACCCCAGCAGAGCAAGUCAGGAGCAAGGAGGCAUAUGAUGUCAUUAAAAAAUGGGCAAAUGAUCCAAAUGGAUUUAUUAUCUGUUGUGACCAAAAAAAAUGAGGCACACUGAUGGAAAUGCGACAUUAUCUUGCACACACUGUGGCAAUGUGGUCACUUGUGAAGUGUUAUAUGAUUGCAUGACCAACUGAAGUGACAAUGAUACAUCAUUGGAUCAUGAUGAAUGAUUGUGGGACGAUUAAUGCAAGGGAAAAAAAAAAGGACUGACACAAGAAAUUGAGUUGUGAAGGUUGAAUUGAUAUGGCUGUUAUAAAAUAUUAUUUAGACAUUUACUAAGGUGCUGACAAGGAAAAUUUGUCUAAAAAUCAGAAUUUGUCAAACAAUCAAGAGUUUCUUUAAGUUGUGAUCAUUUCCUUUAUUCUCGUGACACUAAAAGUGUGAUUCAGUGGUGAUAUUGUGAGAAGAAAUUAGAUGCUAGUCAUUCAUAGGGAUCAAAGGGUCAAUAUAAAUUUAGGGUAGGAACUUCAUA